AUGCCGCCGCCUCCCUCAGAGUCCGCACCUCUGUUGAACGAGCACGACACAUCCACUAUCCCAGAUAGUGAUUUGCCGCCCACGAACGCCCGUCUGUCGUCCCGAUUACGAAGAUAUGCAAAGAUUAUUAGAGUUGCUGGACUCAUCCUGUCGAUCUUCAUCGUCAUUCUGGUCAUUGCGAAACUCAUUUUACUCAAGAUUUCACCUAUCUCAUCGUAUUUGCGGAGCAUUACCGAGCAAAAAGUUAUAGGAUGGUAUAUUGCCUCUGCCAUCACAGCGAUCAUCAUUAUCUGCACCCCGUUGCCCUCCCUACUCAGCUUUACCAGCGAUUUCGUGCUCUUGGUGGGUACUAUCGUGUGCUCUGUUCGGUGGAUCAAGCAUAUGCCCUUGAGGGCUUGCAUGGGACGAUAUGAUCCGCCGACCAGAGAAUGGUUACCCCCGCACCCCAAAUGCAAGGAUUACCAACUGGCUAUCAACAUUAUAAUGGGCUUCACAGCUACCUUUGGAAUCCUCCUUGCCAUCUCCUACGCCCUCCUCAUCAUCAUUCGUGUUUACAAUGUAUUCAAAUUCAAGCUUCCUGGCUCGGGAGAGAUUAGGUGGACAGUGAGCUUGAAUGUCCUUGAGGACGGACAUGAGAGGACGUAUGGGUUCACUGUUGGUGCAAAGGCAGAUUCAAAACCCACACAAGGGCCUGUCCAUCUGUGA